AUGUCGGAUUAUCUUCCGCAGGAUUUGGUAAUCGAUAUUCUUACAAGAUUGCCCGUCAAAUCUUUAUUAAAAUUAAGGUGUGUAUGCAAAUCUUGGAACGCUCUCAUUAUCAGCCCUGCUUUUGUCACUGCCCAUCUCAAUAGAGACGAUCAGUCUUUGUUCUUUUUAUGUUACUGUAGGGAUGCAAAAGGCAGAACCAGCUUGUACUCAUUGCCUUUCUAUGCCGAACCUUUCGGCGAGUAUUCCAAAUUAGACACCUCUAUUGAAAUGGAACUCCACUCUUCUUUCUUCGUUGGUUAUUGUAAUGGAGUUUUUUGCCUUGUUCAAAAUUAUUACUGUAGUACGCAUACCUUGAUAUUGUGGAACCCAAUAAUUAGAAAGAUUUUGAAAACCCCACUAUCUGGGUUUUGUCAUCCUAAGAGCCAAUCUCCUUAUAGGGUUCUUUUUGGUUUUGGUUUCGAUUCACUGAAUAAUGACUAUAAGGUUGUUAGGAUUAUGGAUAUUCGAAAAUAUAGCAGUGUGGAUUUUUGGAGAUAUAAAGUGAAUCUGAAACGACCAAUUAAAGUUGCAGUUUACUCCCUUAAUGCAAGGUCUUGGAGGAGCAUUGAUAUUAGUCUUGGUUUGUUUCAAAUGCAUUCAGAUCAGGGGAAGCAGGUUUUUAUUGAUGGGGUUGUUUAUUGGCUUGUAUAUCGUGUGGUCAAUGGCAAGAAGAAGAGCUUUGCUCUCUCUUUUGAUUUGAGUGAUGAGUCUUUUGAUGAGAUAAUGCUUCCUGAAUGCUUGGCUAGCAAGAAUCCCAGUAUUUCGGUACUCCAAAAAUCCCUUGCUUUAAUGGAGGGGGCUCAAGGUUGUUGUCAUGUGUGGGUGAUGAAAGAAUAUGGUGUUGAGGAAUCGUGGACUAAAGAAUUCAGUAUUGACCUAAGAAUAUUUAUGGGAUGGCCUAAAGGUUUUAGAGAGAAUGGUGACAUCUUAAUCGAAACAGGUGGUAACCUGAUUUCAUUUAACACUCAAAGUCAAGUAAUUGUUGAACUUGGAAAGUUCUAUGUUUCUUUCUAUGCUGAUGGUUACAAAGAGAGUCUAGUUUUGCUAAAGGAAUCAGAUGAUAAGAGGUGUGAUCAGACUGCAAUCACUUUUGCUUUUCAAGAGUUCCGGUUUGCCAGUUUCUUUAGUAGUGUAGUAGCAACGCAUGUACAGGGAUAUGGAUAUGAAGCUACAGAAGUGAUCCGCAUGCAUAUUCUGUUAGCUACAGAAGUGAUCCGCAUGCAUAGUCUGCUUCCGGACUCUGAGCAACAAAUCGAGAAGGCCAAGGAUGGAUCUUUAAUCAUGGCCAAUGAGGAGUUAGUGCAAGUGGACUCUGCAGGUGAAGUAGUUGAAGGGUAG